CUGCCGCCAUGGCCCAGACCCUGCAGAUGGAGAUCCCGAACUUUGGCAACAGCAUUCUGGAGUGUCUGAACGAGCAGCGGCUGCAGGGCCUGUACUGUGACGUGUCUGUGGUGGUCAAGGGCCACGCCUUUAAAGCGCACCGGGCCGUGCUGGCUGCCAGCAGCUCCUACUUCCGGGACCUGUUCAACAGCAGCCGGAGCGCGGUGGUAGAGCUGCCGGCCGCCGUGCAGCCCCAGUCCUUCCAGCGGAUCCUCAGCUUCUGCUACACGGGCCGGCUGAGCAUGAACGUGGGCGACCAGUUCCUGCUCAUGUACACGGCCGGCUUCCUGCAGAUCCAGGAGAUCAUGGAGAAGGGCACCGAGUUCUUCCUCAAGGUGAGCUCCCCCAGCUGCGAAUCGCAGGGCCUGCACGCCGAGGAGGCCCCGUCGUCCGAGCCCCAGAGCCCUGUGGCCCAGACGUCAAGCUGGCCGGCCUGUGGCACCCCGCUGCCCCUCGUGUCCCGUGUCAAGACGGAGCAGCAGGAGUCGGACUCUGUGCAGUGCACGCCUGUGGCCAAGCGGCUGUGGGACAGCAGUGGCAGUGGUGGCGGCAAUGGCAGCCGCAAGAUGGCCAAGUUCUCCACACCGGACCUGGCUGCCAACCGGCCGCCCCAGCAGGCCCCGGUGGUGGCGGCGGCGCAGCCGGCCGGGGUGGCCGUGGCAGCGGCUGCAGGGGCUGGCACUGGGCAGCCGGCUGGGGGGCGGGCAGUGGCGGCGGCAGGGGGCGUGGUGAGUGGGCCCAGCACGUCAGAGCGGACCAGCCCGGGCACCUCGAGUGCCUAUACCAGCGACAGUCCUGGCUCCUACCACAACGAAGAGGAUGAGGAGGAGGACGCGGGCGAGGAGGGCGCGGACGAGCAGUACCGGCAGAUCUGCAACAUGUACACCAUGUACAGCAUGAUGAAUGUUGGCCAGACAGCCGAGAAGGUGGAGGCCCUCCCUGAGCAGGUGGCCCCCGAGUCCCGGAAUCGCAUCCGGGUGCGGCAAGAUCUGGCGUCUCUCCCGGCUGAGCUCAUCAACCAGAUUGGCAACCGCUGCCACCCCAAGCUCUACGAUGAGGGUGACCCCUCCGAGAAGCUGGAGCUGGUGACAGGCACCAAUGUGUACAUCACGAGGGCUCAGCUCAUGAACUGCCACGUCAGCGCGGGCACGCGGCACAAGGUCCUGCUGCGGCGCCUCCUGGCCUCCUUCUUUGACCGGAACACGCUGGCUAACAGCUGUGGUACCGGCAUCCGCUCUUCCUCCAACAACCCCAGCCGCAAACCGCUGGACAGUCGCGUCCUUCACGCUGUCAAGUACUACUGCCAGAACUUUGCUCCCAACUUCAAGGAGAGUGAGAUGAAUGCCAUCGCAGCUGACAUGUGCACCAAUGCCCGCCGUGUUGUGCGGAAGAGCUGGAUUCCCAAGCUCAAGGUGCUCAUGGCCGAGGGCGACGCCUACACCACCUUCAUCAGUGACACGGGCAAGAUAGAGCCGGACAUGAUGGGCGUGGAGCACAGCUUCGAGACGGCCAGCCACGACGGCGAGGCCGGCCCCUCGGCGGAGGCCCUCCAGUAACUACCACCGGACCCUCCCCGCGGGGCGUCACACUCCCCUCCCUCCCCCGUCACACCCGCCCACCAUCUUGGUCACGAGCUACUGUCUGUCCCUCCCCAGGACCCGCGGGGGGGCGCUGCAUGCUCCCAGUCCCUCUGCCUCCCCAUCCCCCCCCGUCCCCCCCAUCCGAGCGGGCUAGGAGAGGGCAGCAGCUGGUGCGAGCUCUGCGCUGCCUCUCUGGCACGCCCGGCCAUUGGGAGCUUCCGCUCCCCUUCCCCUAACCCCCAGCAGUGGUCUCCCCACUCACCAGGCCAGGUGUGGGGAGGGGCCGGCCUGGGGAGUUCAGGAAGGCCCCCUCCCCAGGCCCUGGGCCCCUUGCUGCAACUCCUUGGGACUUGCAGGGGCCCUAGGGUUCUCAGGACCCCUCCUGCCACCACCUCCCAGUGCUUCCAUGUUUCCAAAAGCGCCUUCCUGUCUCCCUCGUCUGUCCCUGUGCCUGGGGGCUGGGGUAGGCGAGGCCGAGGGGACUGCCCAUUUCACAGCUGAGGGAACCGAGGCUCAGAGGAACUCCGCCAGUGACCUAAGGUGGUGGGCAGUGGCGGGCCCGGCGCCCUUCUCUCUCCCCCACCCUGUGCCCACCUCUGUUGCCCCCAUCUGUCCCCUGGGGCCUGAGGGGCAGGUCCCAAGUCGGGGGGCCCUUGAGGGCUGACCGAGGGUCUCUGUGAAUAGAACGAGAGGUUUCCUGGGCUCACAGAAGUGUGUGCGUGUGUGUGUGCGCGCGUGUGUGUAGAAGUUUUGCUUUUAAACAGAUGAAGAUGAUAGAGGCAGUAGGGCCAGGGCUGGAAUUCAGGGGAGCAGGCUGGGGGGCUGCUGCCCUUCCCCCCCACCCCCU